AUGUCAUCGCUAUUUGUUCAAGAUGAGGAUGGUUUAGAAGAGCAGCAAUCAGAGUUGCUUCAACAACAGAAUGAAGAGAUUUGGAGCCGAUCACGGCCCAUAGAUUCGCAGUCUCAACAUAAUACAACACAGCAAUCAGACCCAUCCAUCCCAAUUGUGUUCCAUGAUGAAUCCACUAUACCGAUAUACCCCCAUCGUGAAGUUAACUGCUCCCUACCGCUAAAAUAUCAGCAAGAAGUUCUCGAAGAAAUGUUGGUCAAAGACGCGCUACUAGUCCUAGGUCGAGGAUUAGGCUGGGAAUCAAUAACAGGCAAUUUACUUUAUUCUUUAAGUUCCCCAUUCGUUCAACUAAGCAAGACCCAGAAGAAGAAGAGUUUGGUUUUCUUGUUAAAUGCUAAAGAUUCGGAGAUAAUACGGUUGAGUGAAGAGUUGGAUGACUUGAGUUGGAUCAAUGAUGAUAAUGGCAACAGAUUUGUGACUGUUUCUGGUGAAUCGCAAUCAUCAAAACGAAAAUUGAUAUAUUCAGAAGGUGGAAUAAUUUCAAUAACACCUCGUGUGUUAGUGGUAGAUAUCUUGUCUGGUAUAUUGGACGUUAAUGACAUAACAGGCUUAUUUGUCUUGCAUGCUGAACGGAUCAAGGAAACCUCAAAUGAUGCAUUCAUCAUUAGCUUAUUUCGCGAUAAGAAUGAGUGGGGGUUCAUCAAAGCAUUCUCCGAUGAGCCUGAAUCCUUUACCGGUUUUACACCACUAGCGACAAAGUUGAAAGUACUACGAGUUGCAAAUGUGAUUCUUUGGCCUCGUUUCCAUGUUACUGUGACACAGUCAUUCCAGUACCAUAAAAAGAAAGACAGUAAACGAUUUGUGACUGAAAUCAAUACCCAAAUGUCGUAUAAAAUGAAUAAAAUACAGGCAGCACUUUUAUCGUGUAUACAAGCAUGUCUUGGAGAAUUGAAGCGACAUAAUCCUACAUUGGCUACAGAGUACUGGGACAUGGAAAAUAUACAUGAUCCACAUUUUAUCCGAGUGAUUCGAAUAUCGCUAGAUCCGCAAUGGCACCGGUUAACUUACACAACUAAACAAUUGAUGAAUGACCUUGCAAUAUUGCUUGAGUUGUUGGAAAACUUGGUGACGUUGGAUUCUAUGGCAUUUUAUCAAGUUGUGAAAAAUAUAGUGGAUGUGAAUUUAAAACAGACCGUGGUGGGAAUGAAUAGAUCAAUGAGUCCAUGGUUGAACCUUGAUGAGUCUCAAACAGUGAUAGAGUACGCCAAGGAGAGAGCUUUGGGCAAAUAUAACGGAGAAUACAUUUUGGAGGAAUUGCCUAAAUGGAAUCAAUUGGGCAUUUUAAUUGAUGAUAUAUUGCAUGAGAAAUUGCUGAAUAACACGGAGAACCAUGGCAAGAUUUUGAUUAUGUGUUCAAGUAGGAAAGUCGCUAAUCAGUUGAACAAGAUUUUGACAACGAUGAAGGAAAGGAAGCAGGGGGUUAAUAGGCAUUUUUCAUGUCGAUCGUACAUGGUGAGCAAGCUUCGCGACUACUUACAGUAUAAAGAGAUUAGCUCGUUGGUAAAUAAGAUUGCUAAUGAAUUAGACCAUACCGAAGACGAAAAUGGUGGAGCUUCCAAAGAGACAGAAAUAACUGUGUCCAAGACAUUUUCACGAAAUGGGCAACCUGUGAGUAAAAGACGCCGAACUAGAGGUGCUAGUGUGGUUGCGCGCGUGCAUAAAUUACAUACCGGUGGUAAUGGGGGAGUUGAUGACAAUUCUGAUGAGCUAGAAAAUGAGAAUAUUAUCGACUUGUUGGAUGAAGAUGUGAAUGAGGUGGUAGAGGGCGGUUUAUUGGAUGAUUUAGUCUCCCCUAACGAAUUAAACUUUGACUGGAUCAACAGUGACGAUCAGAUAUUGGUGCAGGUUUACAAUGACAAGCACGAUGCUUCAUUUUUGGAAGAGCUUUCGCCGUCGCACGUUAUAAUGUAUGAGCCUGAUUUAUCAUUCAUUCGAAGAAUUGAAAUUUAUCAAGCCAUCAGUAGCAAUAACCCAGCAAAAGUAUACUUUAUGUAUUACGGAAAUUCUGUCGAAGAACAGAAACACUUGUUACGUAUUAAAAAGGAAAAAGACGCUUUUACUAGGUUAAUUAGAGAAAAGGCAAAUUUAAGUAAACAUUUUGAGACUGCCGAUGAUAAUGUCAAAUUUCAAACUCACAAAUCACAAGUUGUCAAUACAAGAAUUGCAGGUGGCGCCAGAUUUCGUACUGAAGAUGAUGAAAUGAGAGUAGUUGUCGAUGUUAGAGAAUUUGGGUCGUCAUUGCCUAACUUGUUGUACAAGAUUGGCAUUCGUGUUGUACCAUGUAUGAUUACCGUUGGAGACUAUAUCGUUUCCCCUCGAAUUUGUAUUGAAAGAAAAUCAAUCCCCGAUUUGAUUGGAAGUUUUAAAAGUGGUAGACUCUAUAAUCAAUGUGAACAAAUGUUUAAGCAUUACGAUUUGCCAGUUUUGUUGAUUGAAUUUGAUGAAAAUAAAUCAUUUUCUUUGGAAACGUUUAGUGAAUCGAAAUUCAUCAAGACCAAAGCUAAUUUGACUAAACCAAGCACUGCAAUAGAUACUAAGUUGCGGCAGAAUUUACAAUCACAAAUAUUUUCACUACUUUAUUCAUUUCCUAAAUUGAAGAUAAUUUGGUCUUCAUCACCGUAUGAAACAGCGCAAAUUUUUCUUGAGCUUAAAGCAAAUCAAGAAGAGCCAGAUGUGGGGAUAGCAUUAGACAAGGGUGUAAACAAAAACUUGAUUACUCAAGGAGGAGGAAGUGGUGGAACUAACGAUGGUGGCCCAGCAAUUCUUAAUGACGAUCCCAUUGACUUUAUUCAAAAUGUGCCAGGAAUAAACAAUCUGAAUCUAUAUAAAGUUGUGCAAAGAGUGGAAAAUAUAGUUGAAUUGGUUAAAUUGUCUCAAGAUGAAUUUAUUGAUUUGUUGGGCGUUGAGAAUGGGCGUAAAGCGUAUACUUUUUUCAAUAGAACUGUUUAG